UUCUCUCCUUCUCCCCAGAGAGAAGCCUCUUUUCAUAGCCGAGUGACUAAAGGCAUCUUUAUACAGUCAGAAGUGACCCAAGAGAAGGGGAAGGAGAUGGAAGAGCAGAACCCAGAAGAAGGUGGAGCUGGCAAGACAGCAAAGAAAGACCCCCGCCCCACCCAAGCUGGGAGCAGUGUUGAAUUUUGGGAGAGCCCAGGGCCAAAUAUCGGUUCUCAGCUCACUGCAGUCUCAGAUGUGUAUUGCCGACGCUUCCGGCAAUUCUGCUACCAUGAGGCCGGUGGGCCCCGAGAGGUUUGCAGCCAGCUCCAUGGACUUUGCAGCCACUGGCUGAAGCCGGAGAGGCACACCAAGAAGCAGAUCGUGGACCUGGUGAUUCUGGAGCAGUUCCUGACUCUCCUGCCCCAGGAAAUGCAGUGCUGGGUCAGAGGAUGUGGGCCAGAGACCAGUUCCCAGGCAGUGGCCCUGGCUGAAGGUUUCCUCCUGAGUCAGGCAGAGGAGAAGAGGCAGGCAGAACAGAGAGAAGCCUCUCUUCAUAGCUGAGUGGCUAAAGGCAUCUUUAUACAGUCAGAGGUGACCCAAGAGAAAGGGAAAGAGAUGGAAGAGCAAAACCCAAAAGAACCUGGGACUGGCAAAACAGCAAAGAAAGGCCCCCGCCCCACCCAAUCUGAGAGCAGUGUUGAAUUCUGGGAGAGCCCAGUCUCAGAUAUCGGUUCUCAGCUCACUGCAGUCUCAGAUAGGCAUUGCCAACGCUUCCAGCAUUUCCGCUACCAUGAGGCCGAUGGGCCCCGAGAGGUUUGCAGCCAGCUCCAUGGACUUUGCAGCCGCUGGCUGAAGCCGGAGAGGCACACCAAGAAGCAGAUCGUGGACCUGGUGAUCCUGGAGCAGUUCCUGACUCUCCUGCCCCAGGAAAUGCAGUGCUGGGUCAGAGGAUGUGGGCCGGAGACCAGUUCCCAGGCGGUGGCCCUGGCCGAAGGUUUCCUUCUGAGUCAGGCAGAGGAGAAGAGGCAGGCAGAACAGAUAUGGGCACCAUCCCUGAAGAAAGAAGCUACACUCUGUGAGGCAGAAGGAGAUUCCUUGGAGCAAGGCAGUGGAAAGUUGAGCCGCCAUCUUUUUAGAGGUGUGGAAACGGCGGCUGCACCUCUGGUCCAGUCUCCAUUUUCCUUUGAGGAGGUGGCCGUGUAUUUCACCGAAGCAGAAUGGGCCCUACUGGAUCCGGGCCAAAGAGCUCUCUACCGGGAAGUCAUGCUGGAGAACCAUGGAAGCGUGGCCUCUCUAGAAGCCAGAAGUAUGAGAGAGACUUUGGUGGAGAGAAACAGCAACCUUGCAUCUGAAGAAGGGCUGGAGAGAUUCUCAAGAGGAUCCCAAGAGCAUAUUUCCUUCAAGACAGAGGAUGAUUGGAGGAAUGAGAAAGGGGAGGAACUUCAUCAGCUUAUGCCAGAUAGAGUUAAAACUGAAGACUUGAAGGGAAACCCCAGGAAUCGAGGCAGACAUAAGAGAAAGAAAGGUGGCCAUAUGGUUGAGAAGAGAGAUGGAAGAAAACGUAGUGAGCUUUUUCCAAAGCACGGGAUAAUGAAGGCAAGUAAAUGCAUUCAGUGUGGAAAAUACUUCAGAAAUAGAUCACAGCUUCUUGUGCACCAAAGAAUACAUAGAGGAGAGAAACCGUUUGAAUGCUCAGAGUACGGGAAGAGAUUCAGUGAGAGGGGGCAUCUUCAACAGCAUCAGAGAUCCCACAUGCGGGAAAAACCCUUUGAAUGCUCAGAGUGUGGAAAGAAAUUCAGUUGGAAUGUCACUCUUCAACUGCACCAAGGAAUCCACAGAGGGGAGAAACCUUUUGAAUGCUGGGAUCAUGGAAAGAGAUUCAGUCAGAGUGACACUCUUCAACAGCAUCAGAAAACCCACACAGGGGACAAAACAUUUGAAUUCUCAGAGAGUCAAAAGAGAUUGAGUCAGAGUGAUAAUCUUCAGUCUUAUCAGAGAACCCACAUAGGGGAGAAACCUUUUGAAUGCCUAGAGUGUGGAAAGAGAUUCAGUCAUAAUGUCAGUCUUCAAUAUCAUAAGAGAACCCACACAGGGGAGAAACCUUUUGAGUGUUCACUGUGUGGAAAGAAAUUCUGUUCAAGAGGGGAUAUUCUAAAGCACCAGAGGAUUCACACAGGGGAGAAACCUUUUGAAUGUUCAGUGUGUGGAAAGAGAUUCAGUCAAAGUGGCAAUCUUCAACAGCAUCUGACAACCCAUACGGGGGAGAAAGCUUUUGAGUGUUCCGUGUGUGGAAAAAGAUUCAGUCAGAGUGGCAGUCUUCAGCAGCAUCUGACAACCCACACAGGGGAGAAACCUUUUGAUUGCUCAGAGUGUGGAAAGAGAUUCCGUCGGCGUGACCAUCUGCAACUGCACCUAGGAAUCCACACAGGGGAGAAACCAUUUGAAUGCUCAGAGUGUGGAAAGAGAUUCAGUCGUAAUGGCACUCUUCAGCAGCACCAAAGAACCCACAGAGGUGAGAAACCUUUUGAAUGCACAGAGUGUGGAAAGAGAUUCAGUCAUAGUGUCAGUCUUCAAUAUCAUAAGAGAACCCACACAGGGGAGAAGCCUUUUGAAUGUUCACUGUGUGGAAAGAGAUUCAGUUCAAAGGGGGAUAUUUUAAAGCACCAGAGAACUCACACAGGGGAGAAACCUUUUGAAUGUUCAGUAUGUGGAAAGAGAUUCAGUCAGAAUGGCAAUCUUCAACAGCAUCUGACAACGCAUACAGGGGAGAAAGCUUUUGAAUGUUCAGUAUGUGGAAAGAGAUUCAGUCAGAAUGGCAAUCUUCAACAGCAUCUGACAACGCAUACAGGGGAGAAAGCUUUUGAUUGCUCAGAGUGUGGAAAGAGAUUCAGUCGGAGUGGUUAUUUGCAACGGCACCUAAGAACACACACAGGGGAGAAGACUCUGAAUGCUCAGUUUGUGGAAAGAGACUCAGUUUGACUUGACAUCUUCAGAGAAUCAUCAGUUAUCAGAGAAUCUACACAAGGGAGAAACCUUUUGAAUGUUCAGAGUGUGGAAAGAGAUUCAGACACUGUGUGAAUCUUCAGUAUCACAGGAGAACCCACCUGGGAGAAAGUGUAGUCAAGCUGUAAAAUGAGAACAUGCCAAUGGUUAAUGUAACAAAUAACACAAGUAAUCCAAUUUUGAGCUUAACUCCGCUGGUACUAGGGAGUUGAACCUAUGUAUCCAGAAGGUUUCCUCUUGUAACAGUAUUUUCUGAACAUUAUUGUACACACUAAGAGUUUCUUGAUAUUUAUAGACCAGAAAGAACUUCAUAUCA